UAACGGACAUUUUAUCCCCGCCUGUUUUACUGUGUUUUAGUGAACUGUUCGUUUAGGUAAGUGAGUAGAAAGUAUUAUGUUCCUUAACAACGGCAUGCUGCAUGGUUUUUUGACCGGGAUCAUUUUUCAAUUCACAGCUUGCAUUCCCAUCUUUGCAUGGUGCAAUUUUGUUUUUUUUUUUCUUUUUCCUUUUCGUUCAUACUAAUAUAAUUAAUAAUUUCAGGUAGCCAAGAAAAGCCCAUGGGUCGGGAGACUACAUUUCAUUAACAAAAGUUUAUUGUCAAACACAAAAAAUGACGUGUGACUAAAACCAGUCGGUAUACACGAUGCGGUUUUAAAUUCUUGUUUGUGGUGCCGAAUCAUUCGGUUUAGAAUUUCGCUGUCGAAGCAAUAAUCACUUUAUAUCGAACUGUUAAAAAAAUAUAAGGAAAACAAAGACACUUCUUGCAUAAAAGAUUUGAAAUGUCAAUAAUAAACGUUAUGAUUUCUUUUUGUUCUUUUUUUUACUUUCCUUUCGCAAAGCUUGAUCACAGCACUCGGUGGUACACUCACAGUAGAGUAUAUUCUCUAGUAUAUGUAUUAAUGAUGUAUAUCCGUUACGUAUGUAUGUAUUAGUAUGUAUAUAACAUGUAUCCGUUUGCUUGUACUGUCGUUAACCACACGGGAAUGUUGAAUGUCGCGUUGGUGUGUGUGGCGCGAGUCGUGUCGGUCCGUCGGUAUGAUGAGCGGUGUGGCGGUUUCAGGCGGCGGGUGCGGCGCGCCGGAGGACGUUUCGUUCAGUAGGAUCGGCGGCCUGUCGUGGGAGCAGUGGUCGGCGCGCCUGGCGCUGCCGCUGGUGGCGGGCAUGCGCGUGGCUGCCACGGCGCCCGCGCUGCCGCCCGCGCCCGGCGAGCCCAGCUUCUCCUGCCCCGACUGCGGCCGCGUCUACAAGCUCAAGUCGUCGCUGCGCAACCACCAGACAGUGGAGUGCGGUAAGGAGCCGCAGUUCCAGUGCCCCUACUGCGUCUACCGCGCCAAACAGAAAAUGCACAUCGCGCGCCACAUGGAGCGGAUGCACCGCGAGGUGCACAUGAAGCCCGACCAGUACAUCAAGCAGGACAAUGUCGACGCGUGCACAUAGCCCUCACACACUCGCACACACACAUACAACAUACACACACAACACACAUACACACAUACACACACUACAAACCUGACGGUGCGCGUGCUAGGGUUCAACAUAUCAGUUUUUUUAUAUUUUUUACGAUUUGAAUAUAAGGCAGUUAUCGUUGUUUAAAUACGGUUAGUAUACGAAAUUUUAGAAGUGAGCAGCGAGUGUGUAGUAGAAAUUUCGAAACAUAUUCCCAAUUUAUGCCGAUUGUGAUAAAUGUGGUGAUGUGAAUAAAUGUCUUUGUGAUAGUGGCGUCAGAGUGUCAGACGGUCACGUUAGAUGUAUUCGCCAUUGUAAUGGUCACAACCGUAGUGCCUUACAUCGUUACCUAUUCGAGCGUAAUGUGACAGCUUAGUGAUGACCAAGUAUGAAUGAAAUAAUAUUUUGACGAGUUAAUAGUAUUUACGCUGGUUACAGUUUGCAUUGUAACAGUGUGAGCAACUGUUGCAUUUAUCCAGUAUGUUAAGUCGGAAGUGAUGUGUAUAGAUACGCUUUUACACUUUUUAUAUAUUAUAUUGUACAGCAUUUAUGUAAACGAUCAUUCCUGCGUUUGUAUGAUUAUGUAGGGUUCGAUGUGGUAUGAGAGGAGAAGUACAAGUUGUUUUAGCUACGUUACCAGUUGCAGUUACUUUCCAGCGAAACAGAAUUUAUAUUUAAACUUUAAACGCUUGAGUAUUAUUUAGACGCGUACAUCGCGGAAUGCCAGUUCGAAAUCAUGCGAGUUGCGGACAACUUGUUUCCGAUUGUAUGGAAUCUGAUAUUAUUUGUGUAGUCGGGUACGUCGCGACGAGUCGUGUAUUAACUUAUACUCUGUUUAUCAUAGUAAUAACGAAAUGAAGCUACGUUCGCUUAGUUUAGCAAUGCUCUAGUUCUUUGCCAUAAAUGCAUGUUCCAUUAUAACGUAAUAAUACUCAUAAGUUAAUUUUUUAUAUAUAAUUUCAAUUUAUUUUUAGAUCUCUUUACAUCUAAUGCAUUUAUUUUAAUUUAAGCGUAUUUCCUGCCCGGCAAUGUUUACUGGAGAACGAUAUAUGUACAUGUUAAGUUCCUUAUAUGAAUACGUACUUGUAAUGAGGUUUAUUGAUGUUGGGGGCCAAUUUGUUAGAUAUUAGGGGUUCGAUAUAGUGCCUUAACAAGAAUUGUUGAAAUGUAUCGAGAAUUAAACGUCAGACUGCCAUUAAAUGUUUUGAUAAAGGUAAUCUUUACCGCGCGGUAAACAUUUUUUCGGUGACGUUCAAAACAAUCUUCCGCAUAGAUUAUAAGUAUUUUAUACAUAUUACCAUUUAGAAAUUAUAGUAAGGUUAGGGAUGGUAGUGUGCGGUAAACUCCUUCUAUUACAGCUAAUACGAAUACAUUAAUGUCGUAAGCCUGCUAUCGUCGCAAAACUUGUUUAGGACAUGUAAAUCGUGUCGCUUUACAAACUCGAAUUAUUAAUUUUAAUUAAAAUUGUUAUAAUUUAAAACAUGGCAUUAUAAUCUGGUCACAAAUAUUUGUAGUGUGGUGUGAUAGAAGGCGUGUUCCGCGGCUACCGGUUUAGAUUAUCCGUUGGAGUUACCAUCAUACAAUCAAAAUGUAGAUACAGAGUACAACCAGAACGUCUUGUCAGUAUAAAACUAAGUGCCUUUGAAACUUUAGUCAUUAGAGAUUAAAAUGUAAACAGUGAAUUUGGGUUCCAACAUGACACGUAACUUAUUAAUGCAAAAUUUCUAGGUUGUGAUUUUUUGAAACGACAGAACCAUUCUUCACCGUAGAAUUUAGUGACAAUACCUAUUAAAGUUAUCGUCAGACGACAUCGAGAACAUUUUACAUUUAUGCAGCUGUGAUAAUUAUAUAAAAAUACUAACUAAAGAUUUCUCAUUCUCCAUAGAUUAAGUUCAGUGAUGAAUCGCACAACGAUUGUGUUUGUAAAGGUGGUCUUAAAUUAGUUCUUUAUUUAGUUGUUGGUAAGACAAUAAUUCUCGUGCCAAAAGAGAUUAUAUUAGAGUCCUUCGAAAGGCUAUGCUCAUGUUUUCAUGUUAAAAUCUCAUUUAUAUUGUAGUGAAACAUUAGUAAAUAUUUUAGUCACUAAAUUGUACGAAGUACAGACGAACGUUAGCUAAUUUAAAACCACCCUUUAUACAAAUCAACAGGCUGACGGCUAACUAAGGCUGCAGUGAAUCAGUAUCGUUAUCCAAGUGAUGUUACAAACCUAGUUAUUAUAAUGUAAGAAGUUACUGCCUAGAAUGUUUGUAGCUUAUGUAGAUAGUUCUGUACAACGAUCGACAACAAGUUACAGUGAUUUAUUGCAUUUGAUUGUAUUUUUAUAACCUUUUUUGUAUUUUAAUAAAGUUGCUAUUCUUGGUAA